AUGGUGCCUCAGGUGGACGACUUGUUCCGCAUGCGGAUGCUGAUGGCCGGCGUGUACGUCGGGCUCGGCGUUUCGUCCACGUACGGAUUUAGCAUCUUCACGGAUCACCUGAAGACUAAGUACGGGUAUUCGCAGACCGAAGUCACGACAAUCAGCACCGUUGGAAAUGUUGUGAGCUUCCUUAGCUUUCACGGUGGAGCGCUGUUUGACUACGUGGGUCCAACAAUCGUGCUUCCGUUCGCCGGUUUCCUUGGAGGACUGGGCUUCUUAAUGUUUGGGUUGACCUUUGGCGGCACGAUCAACACCUCGAGCGUGGUACUGUUUUCCCUUUACCAGGGGAUUACCCACCUUGGCAUCCCGGUGAUGGACGUUUGCACCAUGAUGACGCUGAUGCUGCAGUUUCCUUUGGACCGCGGCUACGUGGUGCUGAUCAUGAAGACGUUCAGCGGGCUUGGGACCGCAGUGCUAAUGGCGUACUUCAACGGCUGGUUCAGAGCGGCGGACGCGCAUCGAUCCGAGGACAACAACUACUCCGGCUACGCGUACUUUGUUGGGGUGCAGUUGAUGUUGUGCGCUCUCGUCGGCGCCUGCUUCACGCGGCUACCGAUGUACUAUCCGUCAGCGUGGAGGAAGAAGCGCCUGAGCGCCGAGGAUACUGCGGAGCGGGAGAAAACGCUUGGCCUGUACAUGAGCCAGCAUGCCCCCUCGCGGCGUCUGAAGAUCGGGGUUGGGCUUGUCUUCGCCAUGCUGAUCUUUUCCGCCACGCAGUCGAUUACGACGACGUACGUGAAAACGUCCCACGCGGGGUACAUGGCGAUCUCGAUUAUGACGGUGCUGCUGAUGGCAUCGUUCUCCUUGAUGGCGAUGCCGUUCCAGUUUCUGGGCCGCUACAACCCUGUGCGUCCCACGCAUAUGGCGGGCAUUGGCGAGUUGGACGCGGAGCAGGCAGGCGAAGCCGUAAGUGGGGAUUCUGAGGUGGAAAUAAACAAGGCUCCCCACAAUAAGCAGCCGGCCAAGGUGUGGCCGCAGUACAAAAGCUCCUUCUGGUCGCAUUUGUUCUCCUUCCACCUGUGGGCACUGUGGCUCACUAGCUUUGGCAUGUGGGGCACCGGUCCAGUGAUGCAGAUGAACGCUGCACAGAUCAGCCGCAGCACGAACUACGGCGUGUAUGACAGCCGAACUCUGACACUUUACAUCGCCAUCAUGUCUGUGGGCACCGCCAUUGGGCGUAUCUCUCUGGGAUACUUCGACACGAAGCUGACUGCUUGGAAUCGUGCAGGCAAGACAAA